UAGGUUCUGGGUUUCCUGGUAGCCAUGGCAAAAAGGCAAAUACUGUCCUUUUCUUAGCCAGGUCCCUGAUAUACAGCAGAGGCUGAAACUCUGAGCUGCUUUGAUUUUACCAAAAAGCUAAGACAAUAUGUUGGAAGCCUAUAGGUUUACCAUUGAGGCUGCAGGAAUCUAGUUCCUAAUUGUCUUCAGAGACUAAAAAAUGUGAUGUUCAAGGUAGCUGAACGUUGGAAGUACAUGAACCUGGCUCGUGAGACCUAAAUAUUGUACUGGUGGAAUGGGGGUGGGGGGAGGGGGUCAUUGGAAUCUGUGGUUAGCCUGAUCUUGACCUGUGAGGGAAGGUUGUCCAGAUCUCUAGGACUUUGGAGGACAGGACGUUGAGCACCAUAACUGGGAAUAAGAAGUGGGAGGCUCACUGGGACCCCAACACUGUUUGGGAGGGACAUUGGAUUUUGUAAUGCUAAAGAACUUACCCUGGGAGACCCCUGAAACUUCACAUUCCUGGAUCUGGAGGCACUAGGAAUGUGGUGAUGUGUACCCCAAAAUUUUAUUAUAAAAGGAACAGUAGCUUUGGGGACCUAGGUCCUGGGUCUGGGAGUGCAAGAACCAGGGCAUUCUGAAGGCCAAGGCUUAUAUUUCAGGGGGAACUGGCAGCUGAGAUGCUAGUAUCUUGGCUCUGAGUGGUGCAGGGAAUCAGAGCCCUAACUGCUGAUAUUUGAGGGCACCAGGCCUUGGGGUGCAGGGCCUUAAUUGGGACUUAGGUAUAUGGGGCUUUGUACCGGGGGUCACUGAUUCCUACGCCCUCCUGCUUCUACUUCCCCUCAGUCCCCCCUUGCCUCACUGGCUGUUGCCCAGAGCAAAGCCCCAGAGCCACAGGCCCUGCCCCAUUUGGCUUCAACCCCAGGAAUGCGUCCAGCGUGAUCCAGGGCCUGCAGAGCAGGUGCUGGCUCUCCCUCUGCGUCCACAGCUCUGGGGACUGGGGGGGGCGGGGGGAGGCGAUUGUUCAGCCCCCAGGCAACAGGGGAAGGGCCUUGGCCAACAUCUGGGAGCCAGCAGGGCAGGGGUGGGGCUCUGAGGGGAUAAGAGCUUUUAAAAGGCUCCCCAGGGAGGUUCCCCAGCUCCUCCACCUGCCGGCCCCGGACACCUCUGUCACCAUGUGGUUCCUGGUUCUGUGCCUCGCCCUGUCCCUGGGGGGGACUGGUGCUGCGCCCCCGAUUCAGUCCCGGAUUGUGGGAGGCUGGGAGUGUUCCCAGCCCUGGCAGGCGGCUCUGUACCAUUUCAGCACUUUCCAGUGUGGGGGCAUCCUGGUGCAUCGCCAGUGGGUGCUCACAGCUGCCCACUGCAUCAGCGACAAUUACCAGCUCUGGCUGGGUCGCCACAACUUGUUUGAUGACGAAGACACAGCCCAGUUUGUUCAUGUCAGUGAGAGCUUCCCACACCCUUGCUUCAACAUGAGCCUCCUGAAGAACCACACCCGCCAAGCAGAUGAGGACUACAGCCACGACCUCAUGCUGCUCCGCCUGACGCAGCCUGCCGAGAUCACAGAAGCUGUGCAGGUCGUGGAGUUGCCCACCCAGGAACCCGAAGUGGGGACCACCUGUUUGGCCUCCGGCUGGGGCAGCAUCGAACCAGAGAAUUUCUCAUUUCCAGAUGAUCUCCAGUGUGUAGACCUCAAAAUCCUGCCCAAUGAUGAGUGCGCCAAAGCCCACACCCAGAAGGUGACAGAGUUCAUGCUGUGUGCUGGACACCUGGAAGGUGGCAAAGACACCUGUGUGGGUGAUUCAGGGGGCCCGCUGACGUGUGAUGGUGUGCUCCAAGGUGUCACAUCAUGGGGCUACGUCCCUUGUGGCACCCCCAAUAAGCCUGCUAUCUUCGUCAGAGUGCUGUCAUAUGUGAAGUGGAUCGAGGACACCAUAGCGGAGAACUCCUGAAUGCCCAGCCCUGUCCCCUACCCCCAGUAAAAUCGAAUGUGCAUC